UCAUGAGCAACAACACUCCUGAAAGACCAUCACACUUGUUGUUCCCACUUCCCAGUAAAGACGUUGUUGUGACAAAAGUCUUGGUCAAGAAUGAUACUGACGCAGUGACGCUCAAAAGCAUAACAACAAAACGAGACGCGUGAACUGUCAACCAAACGUGAGGCCAGAAGCAGCCAGAGCAAACACCGAGAAAUUAACAACACUUCACAAGGAUGGGGCUCCACAGCGAGUGCAAGUGCAACCCCCCGAAACACGCUGCGAUGUUGUCCGUAGAGCAACCCCAGAAAUACAUAUAAUCCCCCCUCUGCAGUCUCUUAAACCACCAAAAAUUGAACCAUUCUUUUACCAUGGCAACUCUUCAGCUCCACCUAGUAACCAAGUUAGUUGACGUAAUGUUCAACACUUCAUCAUUGAUUGUCGUCAAAUUCUCAACACUUAUAAUGUAAAAGAGUUCUAAACUCUUCAGCUUCCGCCGACCUUUUUCUAUAAUCGAGAGAUUAGUCUGAGUACUAUCAAACGUUCGGAUAUCUUGGUCAAAGAGGAGAACUAUAUUUGUGGUGGUUGAUAAAUCAACUUCCAAAAGAAUGUAGAAAAAUCAAAGCUGACGACUUGACCUCUGCUCAAGUCUUCCUCUUAUCACAAGCCAAUGUAAUGUUCAUUCGAGCAUUCUCCGAACCAUUCUUCUUCCAUGGCAACUCUUCAGUUCCAGAGAAUUCAACACUCUCUGUUCCUACUCACUUUUCUUCUUCAAUUCUCAUCACUCCAAUUCCCUUCACUCGGGUACAAUCUCCCCGAUAACUACUUCAUCAAUUGCGGUUCCACCGCCGAUGUAACCGACACCGAAACCCGCCGCGUCUACGCCGGCGAAUCAAACCCUGCCUACCCAAAAACCACGUUUCGCAGCACCACCGUCGCAGAAAACAGUGUCUCACCGGCGCCGCCGUCUCCACUAUACCAAACAGCAAGGAUUUUCCGAAGCAAUUCUUCUUGCAAGUUCAACACAGAGACAAACAGAACCUACCUCCUCCGCCUCCACUUCUUCGCUUUCACCUCGCCGGAGAAUCUUUCCGCCGCCAGGUUCAACGUCUCAGUUCCUGGAUUCUGGCUGCUACCGAACUUCAACUCCGGAAACACCUCAUCAUCUGCUUCAGUUCAAGAGUAUUUCCUCAAAAUCACAAGCAAAACGUUCCGAAUCACCUUCAGGCCUAUCGGAUCAUCGUUCGCGUUUGUUAACGCCAUAGAACUCUUCGUUCUCCCUCUCCAAUUGAUCUCAAACGCAGUGUCACGUUUCACUCCUGGCACUGCAACUGUUAAUCAAGGCCUAUCUCCUUACACCGGUGGUUUUCUCUCUCGGGUGCUGGAGACUAAGCACAGGGUCAACGUUGGUGGCGGGAAUGUCACGAGGGACACUGAUAACUUACUGAGAAACUGGUCCCCAGAUGAUGGUCUUCUUAGUGUUCGACGAAAUGCGCAGCCGAAGAGUUUCAGUAAUCAAAUUAAGUAUCGUGUAGAUGAUGACUCUGAUGGUCCGAAUUCGAGUCAAUACACUGCGCCAAACGAUGUCUAUAGAACUGCUAGAUUUAUCAAUUAUAGCUCCGGCGGUGACUUGAACAUAACUUGGAGUGUUCCGGUGGAGACGAGUGCAGAUCACCUGGUACGGCUUCACUUCUGUGACAUUUUUAAUAUUGGUAAGAAUGGUUUGUCAAUCUUCCACCUGAUGAUUUACGACAACUUAGUCAGCAAUGCAAAUGAUGGCGUAAAUGUGUUGAGCGAGCUACAAUCUCCUUAUUAUUACGACUUUGUGGUUCGCUCUGAUGACUCUGGCCUCAUGAAGAUCAGUGUAAAGGUUAAUGCGACUCAAACUGAUCCGAUUGCGUUUUUGAAUGGGCUAGAGGUAAUGAAAGUAAUUGAGUCAUCGGGUUCUGUUCCCUCGGAUGAUGAGGGUUCCAAGCAUAAUGUUCUUCCUGUGGUGCUGGGUUCAGCUCUUGGAGGUGUUUUUGUUCUAGUUUCUGUGGUGGUGGUUGGGUUUUUCUGUUGGCAUCUUAAAAUCAGGAAACAAAAGGGAACAGUUCAAGGGUCCCCAAUUCUCGACUUAAACCUUGGCCUGAAAUUUUCCUUGCUUGAGAUUCAAUGGGCAACUGAGAAUUUCGAUGCAAAGCAUAUUAUAGGCAAGGGUGGUUUUGGCGACGUCUACAAGGGGGUUCUCAAGAAUGGCCUCCGUGUGGCUGUGAAAAGAAGUAAACCCGGGUCAGGUCAAGGCCUUCUCGAGUUUCGAACAGAGAUCAUGGUUUUGUCCAAGAUUCACCACAGGCACCUUGUUUCCUUGAUUGGGUAUUGUGAUGAAAAGUAUGAGAUGAUUCUGGUUUAUGAGUACAUGGAGAAAGGGACUCUCAGGGACCAUUUAUACAACACGAAUUUCCCAAGCUUGUUUUGGAAGCAGAGGCUUGAAAUUUGCAUUGGAGCUGCAAGGGGUCUUCAUUACCUUCACAAAGGAGUUUAUGGUGGAAUCAUUCACCGUGAUGUGAAAUCCACUAACAUAUUGCUUGAUGAGAACCUUGUGGCUAAAGUUGCUGACUUUGGCCUUUCAAGAACAGGUCCUCUUGAUGAUCACCAGUCAUAUGUCAUCACAGAUGUAAAAGGCACUUUUGGGUAUCUUGAUCCUGAGUAUUUCAGGUCGCAACAGCUGACGGAAAAAUCUGAUGUAUAUUCAUUUGGGGUGGUUCUUCUUGAAGUGUUGUGUGCAAGACCAGCCAUUGAAUCUUCAUUUCCGAGGGAGCAAGUGAACUUAGCUGAGUGGGGAAUGCUUUGCAAAAACAAAGGGAUGUUAGGCGAGAUUGUUGAUCCUGCCAUAAAGGGCCAGAUAGAUCAAAACUCUCUCAAGAAACUCAGUGACACGGUGGAAAAGUGCUUGCAAGAAAAUGGUUGUGAUAGGCCUACAAUGCGGGAUGUGUUGUGGGACUUGGAGUAUGCACUGCAACUUUACAAUACAAUGAGAGCUCUUGAGGAUAGUUCAAGCAGUGCUUCUGCAUCUCUUCAAUUUCAUAAUAUUUUGUUAGGUGGUUCUUCCUAGUGAGCCAUUAAUUUAAAAAAGAACAAAAAAAGAAGGAAAUAAUAUUUUAAUGUGCCAUAUAGCCCAA